AUGCACUUUUUUGUGCAGCAGUUUUUUGGCUUAAUAAGGGAAAGGUCAAGUCAACAGCUUACAUUCAUAAAUUGCAAAACACAUCAACUAGCAUCAGCUGGCUAUUGGUGCGUUGGAGGGUGGAUGGCCGUCUCACGCAGGGUCAUGAAGGCCAAGAAGGCCGUUGUCAAGAGGCAAAAAGGCGGAAUGUCCCACGGGAUCAAGGUCAGCCAGGCAGUUGUCAGCAAGCCCGCCAAAUCGAAGAGAAAGAACGUCACGCGGUCGCCCUUCCAUGGCUUUGGGCAGCCGGGAGCCAAAGAGGUGAGACAGCUACAUAGGCUCUUGGCGAAGCAGUUUGGAGAACGACGACCAGGCAAAAGCAAGAGACAGAUUCUGGACACCGUGGUGGGCACCAUCUUGUCACAGAACACCACAAAUACCAACUCGCACCGGGCCUUCAGCGAGCUCAAAAAGCGCUUCCCUAGCUGGGAUGCUGUCAGAACUGCGCGGCCUGCUGCCGUCCAGCAAGCAAUCCGUUGUGGCGGACUUGCCCCAAAGAAGACCAGAUGGAUCCAAACCAUGUUGAAGACUCUUCACAAGGAACGUGGCAAGACUUCCAUGGAGUUUCUUCGCAAGCUCGACAAGGACUCAGUGCAUGCUGAAUUGGAGCGCUUCCAGGGCGUUGGCAAAAAGACCAGCGCCAUCAUCAACCUGUUUGAUUGCAACAAUCCUGACAUGGCUGUGGAUACACACGUAUUUCGCUUCGCACUGCAACUGGGCUGGGCGCCUUCCGAGAAGCAGCGCGCCCGACACAACAAGGCCUCCAGCCAGCCAUGGCCAGCCAUCACCCGAGACACUGUUUAUGCACAUCUAGAUGCGAAUUUCCCAGACAACUUGAAGUACUCUAUGCACCUCAUCCUCACUGAUACCGAGGGUGGUUUGCCUGUGGUUUGCGGCGCGCGCAAUCAGUUGCACUUUGAUGGACGGGCCAUCACUGUGGAUGGCAAGCCGUUGAAGGAGGUUGUGACAGCAAGUGACCUUUAA